AAAAAGCGCUUGAGUUUCUUAGUCAUUAAGAAAGUUAUGGGUUAAAGACACUUGUUACUCAUGCAAAACGCAUUUUGACUUCCUAUUUACGACCCCGUUUUGCUUUCUUACAAUAUUGUAUGCAACUGCUUUAUUACGGUAUUGUUCAUAACAAUAAUAUAAAAAACAAACAAUUUUAAUGACUAACAAAGUGAAUAAUCGAUAAUUUAAUACAGAGAGUGAACAUUGAAAGAUCUAAAUAUUGUUCACCUGUUUCUAGGCUAAAAUUUGAUCUCAAAAUAAAAGUGAGAAAGACCGAUGCCAUGUGAUUCGCUCACUUGCGCAAGUUUUACCGACAUUCACGCUUGGGCUUUCCGAGAAUAUGUAUUCAUGAAUGUUAUCAAUAUUGUUAUUAUUAUUAUAGAGGAUACUCAUAAUUAUGAUUACAUCAAUUUUUAGAUUCAUUUUCUCACUUUUGUGCAUUAUUUAUAUUCUGAAGUUUUUGCACAGUCAGGAAGUUUAAUUGAGUGACACAGAAAAAUACAAUAAAUUUGAUAAAAAUUCUUUUGAUUCCAAAAGCUGAAAUACGUAGCCGAGUUUUUGAAAUAUACAACUGUAAAAGUGUUAAAAUAUAACGUUGAACAAAUUAAUAAAAGCAGUUCCAAUAAAAACGAUCUUCUAUCCUCGUAUUCGUAAUAAAAGUGGUUUUUACAUUUUCUUCAGAGCUGCUUAAGAGAAAGUUAAUCCAACUUCGUAACAAAAGGGGUGGAUAAUAUUUGUGUCUUUGAAUUCUCAUUCUCUGUCUCUAAUUGUCGAUUACUCACUUUAAAGUGUUAGUAAUUAAAAUUGAUUGUUUUCUAUAUUAUUGUUAUGAACAAUAUCGUAAUAAAGCACUUAGAAUCUGAGAGUAUAAAUGAUCUUCAUACAAUGUUACAAGACCGACAAAUGUUUUAUAUACGACGAUCAUUGUUUUGUUGUAUGACUUGUUUAAAUGAGCAUACAAAGAUGUAUACAUAAAGAACACGUGUGCCGUAUGCAUACGUGUCUAAAUAUUACAUCAAAAGAAAGAAAUAUAAAUCUGGAUUUGUUGACCUAAAACCAGGAAGUCAAAAUGCGUUUUGCAUGAGUAACAAGUGUCUUUAACCCAUAACUUUCUUAAUGACUAAGAAACUCAAGCGCUUUUUUCAGAAAAAAAGCGUCACUGGAGAUAGUAUUGCCCUGGGAUCGAUCAUAAGCUAAUUUCAAAAUGUUUUGUUCUACUUGGGAAUUGUAUCUGUCAAGCGACACUGUUGUUUCGAUCACAAAUUUGUUUCGAUGAAUUAAACAAACGUUUGAGUAUGAAACAGCUCUAGUUUAGCAAUUGAUCACUCAACGGUUAAUUGUUUAUGUUUUCAAAUAAUCAUAAAGUGAUUUUUGGACUAUUUCGUGAUCUUUUUCUAAAUUUAUGCUUCUUUUGAAGUUCUUUUUCUUUUUCGUUCAUGGUCAGUGAACAACUUGAAGAACAAUGCAGAAAAAAAAAAGAAACGGAACAAUUUAUGUCUUUUUUGGUAGUCUUCUUGACACGAACCACUUUUUUACUUUCGUGUACUUUCUAUAUGUUUAUGUAUGUACAUACAGGUGUAUUAUGAGUAAUCAAAAUAAAAAAAAUUUAUUUUACAAGGAGACUGCCUGUGUAUCAUUCGUUAUUUUACUAGAAAAAAAAUGAAAUGACAUUUUAUUAUCAUCAGUCUGACUUAUUUCCAUAUAAUCCAUUAGAUUCGGCAUGGAUUAUUGUUUAUACACUACCCUCAUUUGUAUUUUUCAUUAUUAUACACGGUUUUAUUACAAAAUAUGGUUUUAAACAAGUUGAAAUAUCUAAAACUAUUGAAGAAACAGUUUUAAUCGAUGAAAAAAUAGUGCACUCAUCCCCAACAAAGCAACAAAUUCGAUGGAUUCAUCAAAAUACAUUUUUAAGUUUUGUACAUUCCACUCUAUGUGGUUUAUUAUUAUUUAUUGCCUUUUAUCGAGCACCAGAAAUAUUAAAAGAUCCAUUGUCACAUGCAAAUAUAUUUAAUUAUAGAUUACUCUGUUUUUCAUUAGGUUAUUUUUUUUAUGAUAUGUUUGAUUGUCUACUAUAUGCACCAAAACAAGAUUUAUCCUAUGCAAUUAUUGGUCAUCAUAUCAUUGUUAUUAUUUAUAUAUUAAAUUCUCUAAUACAAACGCGUAAUAUUGGUUAUACAAUGUUUGCAUUAUCAAUGGAAAUAAAUAGUAUAUUUUUACAUGCUCGACGAUUAUUAAAUUGGUCUAUAAUAUUUAAUAAACAGCAUUCAUCAAUAUCUGUUAUUAAAUUAUUCAAUUAUCUAACGUUUGUCUUAUUUCGUUUUGUUAAUUUAAUAAAUGCCUCCUAUAAUU